AUGGGUGACUGGAAUUACACCACCCUAUUCUUCAUGUACCCUUCUCUCUUUCUCAUCCUCUUGCAUGAAAUGAAUUAUUCUUGGAGAAUAGAAAAAGGACUGGCAAGAGCUAGAAGGGCGAUAAAGGAGGCAGCUCGAUCACGAAGCUAUAGAUCGAACACUGAGGAUGAGUUUGUUCCAAGAGGAUCCACCUACAUAAAUCCUUAUGCCUUUCAUCAGAGCCAUGCAGAGAUGUUGAAACGGUUCAAAGUAUGGCCAUACAAGGAAGGAGAGUUGCCCAUUUUUCACAGGGGGCCAAUGACCAACAUAUACUCAACUGAAGGGCAAUUCAUGGAUGAAUUGGAAAGUGGGGAGAGUCCUUUUUUAGCUAAGGACCCGAAUGAGGCCGCUGCAUUUUAUAUUCCCGUUAGUAUUACCAAUAUCAUUGAAUUCGUGUACAAGCCUCGCAUCAUAUAUACUAGUAAACCUCUACAAAAGGUUGUCAAGGACUACAUGGAAGUCAUAUCAAAGAAACACCCGUAUUGGAACAGAAGCGAUGGAGCUGACCAUUUUAUGGUUUCUUGUCAUGACUGGGGACCAAAAAUUUCAUUUGAUGACCGUAAGUUUUACAAACACUUCAUUAGAGUUCUAUGCAAUGCCAACACUACUGAAGGCUUCGAUCCGGCGAGAGAUGCCUCCUUACCUGAAGUUAAAAUUGCAUCUGAAAACCUGAAUCCUCCAAGCUUCAGCCAGCCCCUAAACAAUCGUUCAAUUUUAGCCUUUUUCGCCGGUCGCGAGCACGGGUUUGUAAGGAAAAUACUACUUAGGUACUGGAAAGACAAUGACCCAGAUAUCCAAGUGCAUGAGUAUCUCCCUAAAAACUUAAAUUAUUUCGAGUUAAUGGGUCAAAGCAAGUUUUGCCUGUGCCCUAGUGGGUAUGAAGUUGCAAGCCCUAGAGUUGUUGAGUCUAUUUUUGCAGAAUGUGUCCCCGUGCUAAUAUCCGAUGGUUAUGUGCCACCAUUUAGUGAUGUUCUUGAUUGGAGCCAAUUUUCUAUUCAAAUUCCAGUUGCAAAGAUACCAGAAAUCAAGAAAAUUUUGCAAGGAAUUUCGGAGGAUGAGUUUUUAGAGAAGCGAAAGCGGAUUAUCCAGGUGCAUCGACAUUUUGUGAUCAAUAGGCCUGCUAAACCAUAUGAUUUAUUGCACAUGGUGAUGCAUUCAGUGUGGCUCAGGAGGCUAAACAUAAGGCUGCCACUGUAA